AAUUGACUAUUUUCAUGGAGGUAGAAUCUUUGCCUUGGAUUUAAAUAUCAGUGCCUGUUUUGAGAGUAACAACGAAUGUGAACAUACUGUACCAAUCUUCACACAAACUGUCUUACCAAAAGUCUCAUGUAGCUGGCUCAAUGGCUUUAACCAAAAUGACUUUGAUCUUGACUCCUGGAUGGUGAGCAAUGAUGUAGAUCCAGGUAGCCCACUUUCUCCAACAUAUUUUGAAAUGUUAAUGGCAGACUUGGACAUAAAUCAGUACAUAACACCAGACAAUUGCUGGGGAUCAUUCAAUGAUUCCAUGUGGAUCAAUGAUUGCCCUCUCAGAUUGAGUCUUCCAGAGCUACCGGACAACGUAGGGUGUUAUAUUGACUCGAGUUGUUUACAUAUAGAAUGUUGCUACCUUGUUCCAGAACUAAACCAUGCAUUUAGUUUGUCUCUGAGGGUAGAUGACUGCAACUAUGAUAUUACAACAAGUAUUGAACAAUUGCAGAUGCAAAGAAAACUUUCCUUAUUUGAAUUUGGAAAACAAAUCACAUUUGAUCUGGAUGGGUUGCUUGUUUUAAGGUUUAUGGUGGCAUAUCUGGAUAUCAAGGAUAGCUAUGUUAUAGACCUGGAAAUACAGCUAUAUCUGCAAGCAAAUAGUUCAGCAACAGAAGAACUGAGAAUUCUUGAGGACAUUUCAAUUCCACGCAUACCAUGCAAUGCGGAUAGCACCUUUAAAGAUUCAAAUUUUUCACUCUCAGAAUGGAAGACAAAGAUGAAUGUUGUCAAUAUGGUGGACAUUACAGAAUACCAGGUGGCAGUUCUGCUAGAGAAUAUAGGCAUAUCAGAAUUUAUGUUACCAUCCGAAUGCUCUGUUGACACUAAUGAAGUUGAUAAAUGCACAGUAGAAGCUCAUUUGCCAGAAUUAGAGGACUCCAUUACCUGUAGAUUUAUAGAACAGUGUACUGGUGUUCAGUGUUGCCUUCAGUCAGCGGAUGUUCCAGAAAAAUUUGAUAUAAGUUUUCAUAUAGAUGUAUGCACUGAAAAGGUUACAAUCAACAUAGAGAAAUUACAGUUCACAGUUCCAUUUCAAAAUUUUACCUGGGGGUCUGUUCAGCAUUUCAGUUUAUUUGGAGUGAUUCGAUUAGAGUUAGAAAUAUCAGAACUGGUGGAGAGGCAACUUUAUAGUGUUUCAUUGAAUGCAAGCAUCUGUUUUAAUGCAAUAGAGCCUUGUGGUAGGAAUAUCAAUGUGCUUCAAAAUCUAGACUUCAUUUUUCCACCCUGUGAUUGGACUACAGAUUUUAUUGAUGAAGAUUUUACAUUUGAUUUAUGGGCAAGUGAGAAUGGCUACAAUUCAACAAGUUUAUCAGAGACUGGUACAGGUCUGUUUUUGUCAUAUGUUGGGGUAUCAGAGUACAUCCAGGCAAGAAUGUGUGAUAUCUCCACCUACCCUUACAUACCUACAGAUAUGAGUGGAUGGAACAAUGAAUGUUUAGUGACGGAUGUUGACCUUGAGCCAGUAACGGAAGACACACAUUGUCAUUUAGAUGAUUCAUGUUCAGGAUUUGAUUGCUGUACCUAUGUCUCGACACUAAGUCGCUCAUUCCAUACAAGUUACCAACUGGAUCACUGUAAAAGAGUUUUGUCUAUCACAAUUGAGAAAAUGACACAUCAAAUUAUUCUUACAACUUUUGAGUUUGAUGUUUGGCAUCAUCACAGCCUGAAUGGUUUCAUUCAAAUUGAUUAUUUAGUGAGACAUCUCCCAGCUAAGCAGCUCUUUAUCUUAUCCAUUCACCUGGCUAUAUGUUUGGACAAAACCAAUUGUGCUGUGAGAACAUCAAUACUGAAAGAAGCUGUCGUGCCUAAUAUACCCUGUGAAUGGAAUCCAGAUUUGACUGAUACAGAUUUCUCGUUGACUGAAUGGAAAUAUGAUAGACAAAUUGGAGAGAAUGAUACAUUAAGCAUCAGUCAGCAGACAGAAUUGUCAGAUGAUAUUGGAGUGUCACAUUAUCUUAAUGAUCAGCAAUGUAGUGCUGGUGUUGUAGAUAAUGAGGCAACAGAUUGCAACCCACCAGAAUCAUUUCCUUCGUCAGUUUGCAGUAUGACAGAUAGUUGCAGUGGUAUUGAAUGCUGUGUCUUCUCGGAAGUUUUACAAAGAUAUAUUUCAUAUUUCUUCCAUUUUGAUGAAUGUAACCACAUGCUGUAUGUUAGAAUAGAAACAUUCACAAAAAGCAUGUCACUUUAUGACUACACAUAUGGAUCUGCGAUAACGUUUUCCCUGAAUUCUAUUUUCCAAAUUGAGUUUGCUGUUGAUCAUCUGGACUUCUAUAAAAGAAACAUUAUCAGUUUAACUAUAAAGGAAUGCUAUGGACUUAAUGAAACCUGUGUGUUGUCUACUGAAGUACUAAACCAUGCAAGUUUUCCAAGCCAAAACUGUCCUACAGACAAAACGUAUAAUAACAGAGGCUUUUCCUUAUCCACAUGGUUGGAUGACAACAACAUCAAUUCCUCACUUCUAGAAGAUGUUGCAUUAUCUAGAAUUAUGAAAGAUCUUGGGGCUAAUCAAUAUUUGCUUGCCACUGAGUGCUCUGUUCAAACUGCCAAUGUCACAAAUGGAUGGAUCAAUGAUUGUCCACUGAGCAUGGUGUUGCCCAAUAUGACCAGUGAUAUAUCUUGUCAUAUGUAUGAUACAUGUACAGCGGUGGAUUGUUGUGUUAUGGUGGAAGAACUUCAGAGUUCAUUUAGUCUUGUAUUUAGUUUACGAGAGUGUGACCUUGUUGUAGAAGUUGGUAUAGAAAAACUUCAUCAUGAGUUAUUGCUAGCUGAUGUUAUUGGAAGUCCCACCACUGUUAGUCUGAAUGGCUUCCUGCAACUCCGGUUUACUAUAGAAGAGUUUUCUGCUGAAGAAUAUAUACUUGAUGUGAAAGUACAGAUUUGUUUAGAAAGUGGAUCUGCAUGCAAAGAGAUCAGUGUUUUUGAAGAAACAAAACUUCAAAGAUAUGUGUGCGACUUUCCACCAAUUUUUGAUAAUGAAGAUUAG